ACCUCCUCCAGAUAACAACUUUUUCAACAUCCUGAUUUCCCUAGAGCCAAACUUCCUGCCACGCCAAUAUGUCGACUAACCCAAAGUCUCAGCUGCAGAGCAGCGGUGUCGAUUUCACUCCUACCAUACACCACGACACAUACGAUUACAUCAAGCCCCAGCAAUUCGACCUGAAGAAUCGCGCUGUCUUCAUCACCGGAGCUAGCAAAGGCAUCGGGAGAGCGACUGCAAUCAGCUAUGCAAAGGCCGGAGCAUCACAGAUAGCAAUCGCAGCCCGCACCGACAUGAAAGAAGUGGAAGCCGAAAUGAUGGCCGCCGCAAAGGAUGCCGGGAAAAGUGCUCCACAAGUUCUCCGUCUCCAGGUCGACGUCACGGACGACCGAAGCGUCCAAGAUGCGGCCAAGCAAAUCGAGCAGACCUUCGGCCGUCUGGACGUCCUGAUCAACAACGCUGGUUACCUCGAGAAGUUUGUCCCGCUGCACGAAAGCGAGAUCGACGAAUGGUGGAAGGUCUGGGAGGUGAACAUCAAAGGCGUGUACCUCAUCACGCGCGCCUUGCUCCCCCUCUUGCUCAAGUCCAAAGACUCCCUCCGGACCAUCCUCAACGUGUCUAGCAUUGGCGCAAACAUUAUCAUGCCGGGAGCCUCUGGGUACCAGGCCGGAAAGCUGGCGCUGCUGCGUUUUGGAGAGUUCCUGAAUGCGGACUAUGCUGACCAAGGGAUCUUGGCGUUUGGCAUUCAUCCGGGAGGCAUUGCCACGGAGCUGGCGAAGGGGAUGCCCGAGGCGAUGCACAGCAUGCUGACUGAUACAGAGGAGUUGGCGGGAGAUAGUAUCGUGUGGCUGACGGCGGAGAGGAGAGAGUGGAUCAAGGGUAGAUAUGUGUCGUGCAACUGGGACAUGAAAGAAUUCCUCGCGAAGCGGGCGGCGAUCGAGGAUGGCGAUUUGCUGAAAGUUCGAUUGGAUGUUGGGCUGAGCUGAGCGGAGCGACAUUAGCCGCUAGUGUUGAGCCGCACAUUCUGCAGUGCACGUCUGCUGUCAGAUGUUAGGUAAUCAAGACCUGUGUUCGCAGGAAUAUGACCCA